AUGACCCGUAACCAGUCGGGAGAUUUACUACCAUUAGACCAGGAGCUUGAACGGACUUGUAGGAACUUCAAGCGGGCUCUAAAGGCGCGACUGGCUAUGGAGGAGGCACUAGCACAGCUGCAAAUCGCCGACGAAGAAGAGAUGGGUGAUCCACAGGACCAUGAUGUGGUCCUUCCUGAGGAGCAGACCAUGGGAUACUACUGGACCGCCAGAGCCGCGGACAUGAGGUCACCCAUUCAGCACCGUCAUGUGCCAGCGAAUAACUUUGAGGUGAGCACCUCUGUCAUCACCAUGCUGCGCGGUUCAGUGGUGUUCCGUGGCAAAGAGGGGGAGUGCCCCCGAUCACAUCUGAGGCGAUUCCACAAGCUCAUCGAUGGAAUCAAGAUAUAUGGGGUCCCAGCCGAUGCCAUCCAGCUGAGUUACUUCCCAUUUACUCUGGAGGGGAAGGCCAAGGAGUGGCUAGACACUCGACCUCCAGGCUCGAUCACCACGUUCGCCAACCUAGCGGACAAGUUCCUCACUCGCUAA